AUGGCGGUCCAGGAGAUAGACAGGAAAGACGAGAUGAGCGCCCAGGAAGUCAAGCAGCAGCUGAGUCCAGGCAAGGACAGGAGAGGGUUCUGGCUGGUCAAAGUGGUGGGUCUCCGGUUGAUGCAGAGAGACCGACAAGGUCUGAAGGUCAGGUCCCGCAUGCAGCACGAACCAUUGUGGAUGGACACAGCGGGGAUCAAGAUACAAUGUCUCCUGUAUUUCUGGAAAUGUUCCUUAUUCAUUCCUCAAUUGUCAUUCAGGGAGAUUUCUGAUGUUAAAGAGAAUUGCAAACGCAUAGAAAGGAAACAUCAUUGGAGAGACAGGGAGGAGAACCUGGGGCUGACGACAGACAGGUUCCAGGUGGGAGACAGGGAGGAGAACCUGGGGCUGACGACAGACAGGUUCCAGGUGGGACACAGGGAGGAGAACCUGGGGCUGACGACAGACAGGUUCCAGCUGAGAGACAGGGAGGAGAACCUGGGGCUGACGACAGACAGGUUCCAGACAGGUUCCAGGUGGGAGACAGGGAGAGAGAACCAGGGGCUGACGACAGACAGGUUCCAGGUGGGAGACAGGGAGGAGAACCUGGGGCUGACGACAGACAGGUUCCAGCUGGGAGACAGGGAGGAGAACCAGGGCCUGACGACAGACAGGUUCCAGCUGGGAGACAGGGAGGAGAACCUGGGGCUGACGACAGACAGGUUCCAGCUGGGAGACAGGGAGGAGAACCAGGGGCUGACGACAGACAGGUUCCAGCUGGGAGACAGGGAGGAGAACCUGGGGCUGACGACAGACAGGUUCCAGCUGGGAGACAGGGAGGAGAACCAGGGGCUGACGACAGACAGGUUCAAGCUGGGAGACAGGGAGGAGAACCGGGGCAGACGACAGACAGGUUCCAGCUGGGAGACAGGGAGGGAGAACCAGGGGCUGACGACAGACAGGUUCAAGCUGGGAGACAGGGAGGAGAACCAGGGGCAGACGACAGACAGGUUCCAGCUGGGAGACAGGGAGGAGAACCAGGGGCAGACGACAGACAGGUUCAAGCUGAGAGACAGGGAGGAGAACCAGGGGCUGGCGACAGACAGGUUCAAGCUGGGACACAGGGGGAGAGAGAACCAGGGGCUGACGACAGACAGGUUCCAGCUGGGAGACAGGGAGGAGAACCAGGGGCAGACGACAGACAGGUUACAGCUGGGACAAAACAGAGGUGUAGAUGCCGAGACCAGGCCACCCGAAAGAGCCGAGAGCGUUCAUACAUCUGUUGGAACACAGACAGAAAUUAAUGCCGAAAGAUGCAGAGCGUCUGUGAAUCUGUUAUUGGACCAUUCUGGGAAUGAUGCCCAGACGAUUGAACACAAGGAGCACAUCAUUCAUGAGAUGUCACAAGGUAGUCGCCAGGUGUUCCAGAACAAGACGGCCCAUGGACUGGCUGUUCAUGUGCUGAAACAACAGACAUGGAAGACUGAUAAACUAUGGAGUAGUUGCACUGCAGACAGCAACGUGUCUGAGGCCGGCGUCCACAACGUCCUCAAGGAACUGGAUCACCACAAUAAGAAGAUAGGCCACAUCGUGGAAUAUUUCUCGCUGGAACACAGCAAGCGGUUGGAUAUUAUUCGGCUGAUCCAAAAGAUUCACGAUAAAUGUGACUUCUGUGAGACGAUAUACAGUUCUGUAACCUGACAUUUUAUCAGAGAGACACAAGAGACGCUCAUUUCUGAAAGGUGUUGCCAGGAUGUACCUAUGAUUCAGAUACAAUUUCCCCUGUAUUUCUGCCCUCAGUGAUGGCUGAGGCUGCUGUAGUAGACGUACCCGGGGAUGCUGGGGAGACCGUAGCUCCACCCUUAUCAUCUUCAAAAGAUCUGUUAAUGAUUUUGUCUUCAUUAUUAUUAUUAAGAUGAAUACGAUCAUAACUGAUGUAGACUCGGCAAUUCACAACAUAAAAAGGAUCGCCCAGUUUGGAAUACAAGACUGGAAAUAUGUGUAUUACCUGGAAUAUCCGUUUGAACAUUCCAUCUGCUGCAUUCUAACCAGUAUUAUCCACAUAUCAGAACCUUCUUAGCUAUUAUCAUCGCCUUUAACAUCACCGAAGAAGCUAUUCCGCCACUUGAUGCGGUGGGAUAGCCAAGUGAUAAAAGUAUUCGCUCUCGUCCAGCUGAAGACCCGAGUUCGAUUCCCAACUUGGGUACAAUGUGUGAAGACCAUUCCUGGUGUCCCCCGCCUCUAUAUUACUGGCAUAUCGCUGAUAGCGGCGUAAAACUAAACUCACUCACAACUUCCUUAAAAGAAGAGAAUAAAUUAGUAGUAGCUUGUACUGAGGCAACGGUGCAACUUACAAUCAUGACCCCAGACUGUGCAACUACCAUAGGUGGAAUAGGGCUGUAACCUGGGUAUAACUCAAGAAUGCUGUGAUCUGGUUGACUGUGUUGAAAGUGGUUGUGUAGCUCAGUGUACAUAUCAGUGGUUUGUCUGCUGGUAGGGACCAUGCUGGUGGGGACCAUGCUGGUAGGGGGGUGGGGAUAUAGUUGAUGCCUAUGAUACACUAAUGAUGGGGUGGGGGUGGGGGUUUAUAUCUUGGUAUCUGCACAGGGUAUGUCUUUCGUUUUGCCAGAUUAUAUUGUCUUUGUUAGAAGCCGACCUUAUGAAUAGUCUUUGUUAGUGAGCCUGCGGUAUGGAAAGACAACUUUACAACUGACAUAUAUUUCUGAUGAAAUAUUUUCUAACUAUUACGUUCUAGAUUAGUGUCAUUUUACCGAAAUAGUGAAAAUAAAGUCCUUCAAAUUA